AUGGUAGAUAUAAAGGUAGGUUCACGUAUUCAACAAGGUAAAUAUUAUCACGAUAAUUCUGGGAAAUAUGUGCACAUUGAAGGACCAACAGGACCACCGGCUCCACCGUAUGUCCAUAUUGUAGGACCUAAUGGCGGCUACGGCGGUGCAGGCGGCUUCGGUGGUGCGGGCGGCUUUGGUGGAAAAGGAAGCGGCGGAGGAGCAGGACCUGGUGGACCUGGCGGCCCCGGUGGCCCUAGAGGACCUGGUGGCCCCGGAGGUCCAGGUGGACCUAAAGGUCCUUUAGGACCUCCUGGACCCCCGGGACCUCCUGGACCACCUGGUCCGUUUGGACCAACAGGACCUGGACCGAAAGGGCCAUUUGGACCACCUGGACCACCAGGUCCGCCUGGACCGGAUCGCCCUGGACCAUUUGGACCUCCGGGUCCACCGGGUCCACCGGGGCCUCAACGUCCCGGUCCCCCUGGACCUCCAGGACCUAAACGUCCUGGUCCUCCUGGUCCAUCUCAACCCGGUCCGAAAACACCUGGCUUUGGAGAAUCCUAG